AUGGAUCUCAGUGCCGACUGUGGGACACUCCCCACCCACACCAGUGUAGGAGGUCCUGUGUUGGAACAGGAGCUGUCUCUGUCCAGCACUCGCUGUCAAACAGAAAGUGGAGGCACCAUCUUACUACAGUUGUUGGAAUUUAAAACCCAUCUACUUGAAGCUGUAGAGGAGCUGCAUAUUCGGAGGGAUGCAGAGACACGCUUUGAGGAGCAGAUCAGUAAACUGGUGUUGGAGAAACAGGAGCUGGAGUGGGAGAAGGAAUCCCUCCAACAUCAAAGUGAAACAGUGGCAAACCAGCACACACAGUCACUCAUCAAUGUGAAGAAGCAGUUUCAGGCCAAAAUAAGAAACAUUGAGGAGGAGAAGGGGAAAUACCAGGUCAGUGCUGACUUAAAAGACAAGGAGAUUAACAACUUGAAAGAAGAGCUGAAGUUGCUGCAGUUACUGAAGUACAACUUGGAGAAGAAAUCAAGCGAGCUGGAACAGAAACUAGCUUUGCAGAGCAGGUCAAAGGACACCCACUUGAACCAGUUGGGGGAGGUUGAGAAACGUUUCAGUGCUCUGUCAAGGCAGUGUGCCAUGGUCAAGCAGGGCCACGAGAAACUAGAGCAAAAUGUCGAUGAGGCCAUGAAAAGAAAUGCGAAACUGACUUCUGCAAUUGAAAAACAAGAAGCAAUUAUUGUGUCACUAAAGAAGGAGUUGGAGGAGGUCGGUAACAAGCUGAUCAAGGCCAAGAUGUUAGCAGUUAGACAUGACAAGAGCCAAAGUCCUACAGGCAGAGAGCAGCACAUACAGCAGCUGCACCAGAAGCUGAACAUGGAAACUGAAAUGAAUAAGAAGCUCAUGGAGGAAAAUGUAGCUCUAAGAGCAGAAAAGCAGGAGGUGAUGAGGUCUCUGCAGCAAGCCCAGCAGCUGUUGUUGAGUCAGACACAGACAGUAAGCAGAGUAGAGCUGGAGCUACAGACACAAAGAGAGCAGCACCAGGCCCUUAAGCAGAAACAUGAGGUGAUGCGAGAGAAAAGCAAGGCAACGGAAGACAAGGUGGCCCAACUGAUGGGGAGCUACGCUGCUUCCAAGACCAGCUGGGACAAAGAGAAGGCAGUGUUUCUGGAUCGCAUCAAGAGUGAGCAGCAGGGCCUUCAAGCAGUGAACAAGGCUUACGACGAGCUUCAUCAGAAACACACUGAACUGUCCUCACAGGCCAAAGUGCAGGCUAAGCAUAUAUAUGCAUUGGAGACGAGAGACAGCAGUCAGAGCCUCAGUGUUUCUACCCAACUCUUUCCCACUUUAGUGGAGGAAAUCAGAGGGGAGGAAACUCUUAAUGAACCCGUCUCCAGCUCUGAGCCACCUGGUUUUGGCAGCCUGCAGCACUUAGCAUCCACUGAGACCAAAAAGUCAGACUGUCUGGAGGACACAGGAGCUGUGACUAGGCUGGAUGCCACUGGAACAACUAGAGGCACAUCUGCUGCUUCAAGCCCUGGUCAUAGGUCUGUUGAUGGAUCUGUAGACUUAAAGAGCAAAGGAAAGAGUAGUGAAGGGAAUGGGGAAGUGAGUGAGAAAGAACAUGGACUGAAAGAUGUUGUGAAACGAGUAAAAAACAACAGUGAAGAUGAGGAAAGAAAUGAGGAGCAGCAGUAUAAUAGAGAAGCCCAAAGAAAAGAUAUGAAGGAGGGAGGGAACACUGGAGAAGAGAGAGGAAGGCUCAUGGCCUCAACAGCAGAUAGAGCAGACAGACGAGAGGAUAGCCAGCGGUCAACAGGAGAUGCAGGGGACACCAAACAGCCUGAAACAGAAACAAAAGAUAGUGCAGAGGGAGUUGGGACAGACGGAGUGGAGGAGAGAGGAACGACAGGGCCACACACGCGAGAAACCCAAAUACCAGCCCAGACGACGGCUGACACGACUAUCGAGAAGAGCAGCACACAGCAGGUCAUUGACUGCAUGGAUACUGAGCCACCACUGGCUGCCUGUGAGCCCUCAGACUGCUCUCAGACAGUCGGCGAGAAGGUUGCCGACUCCAGCCAUGUGAACAAAGGGUUUGAGAUUAGGAGAGAAGUACAUAUCUGUUCUGAGGAGCACCAAAGUGUUUGUCAUGGGCCAAACUCUGUCACUCGAAAGGCGCAGCACCUCUGUCAUGAUGAGGCCCAAACCUCUGCUCAAGACUUGGCUCACCAAGUUUCUGAGAAAACCACGGAGGAGAAGCCAUCUGGCACAUCAGCUCCCAACAUCCCCUCUGAACUUUCUGAACCUCUGAAUCAGUCAAGUAUUUGGAGCUCACAGACAAGUAAUGCAGCAUUACCUGCUCAGUCAAAUAACAUUGUCUGUAUCCAAGAGACAACAGCAACACAAGCACAACCUUGUGAUCCUUAUGAUAUUACCAGUGACAUGAAGCAAACAGAUGAAAUGUGUGAUACACAAGUGAGAGAAUAUAGUGUGUUGGUGAGAGCAAUGGUUGAACCACAAGCAUUACCUCAAAGUCAGGAAAUCUCAGAGCAGCAGCAUGGACAGCUGAGGUCUCUGAUAACUGAUGAUGAAGAUGAGGAUUCCUCUGCAUAUAAGCAGGUGGAAGGUCAGUCAAAUGUAGACACACAUGAAAACAAUGAUUGUGAGACUGCCCAAGAACCUGUGGAAGAAUCCAACUUGAAGGAUGUCUGUGCUGAUUUCACAAUGGAUACUGAGGAAACUGAAUCUGAGACCGGCAGCUAUCGGGAGCACGUGAAAAAUGACGAAGUAGAAGAUGAUGGAGAUGCAAAGAGGAUUAAAACUGAUGUCCAUCCAAGUCUUGAGAAUGAGAAUGAUGCUUUGCCAGAGACCAGCAGCAAGAAGUGUUAUGUAGAGUCUCCAGCGAAAGAAAUGCCUCUUGAAGACACUAAUGAAUUGUCUCUGCCCAGCAGCAAGACUUCCAGGUCGUCAUUUGACUGGGGCAGCACUCAGAGAAGAACAGUAGGCACAGAUGUCUCCGUCCUGCAUCACUGUGUUCAGGGAUCCACUGUGUUUGAGCAAAAUACAAGAGGUCCUGGUGGUGAGCAGCCCUCCAGCGCAAUACCCAUGUUCCUCAAAAGCAAACACAACAAAGUCCCCAUGGUGGCGACCAGAGCGUCAGAUCUGUUGAAUGCCUCCAGUUUCUCUGGGACUGCGGCUUCCUCGAGGAGACACCAGCGGGGAGAAUGGACGGAUAUUGGAGAGACAGUAACAGCAGACAUGGAGAGCAGAGCACCUCUGUCCAUCACUUCUUUUCCAGUCUCCACAUCCUCCAUCACAGUCAGCAGACUGUCAUGGCAGACCACCCCAGGGUGUAACAGAGCUCCUACCUCAGCUGCAGGUCCGAGUCGUUCAGAGUCAGACUGGGAACUCCCCUGCUCCCAGGAGAGGGAAGACCAACAGUCAUCAUUCAGAGCCCAGAUCUCUAAAAUCGAACAGUUCCUCAACACAGAGAGGCUCCGUCUGCCCAAAAGACGAAGAACUGACGACUAA